AUGAAAGGGGAGAAGGGCGACGAUGGCAUAGAUGGAUCACAGGGGAAGGCGGGUCACAUUGGAAGGAGGGGCGAGAAAGGAGAGAUGGGACUGGUCGGACUACCUGGACUUGAUGGCAUGAAGGGGAAUAUCGGUCCACCUGGACCGAGAGGCACAGCAGGCAUGCCAGGUCUGCCUGGUUUGAAAGGCUUCCAAGGUUUACCUGGUCACCCUGGGAGGAGGGGCUACCCAGGUCCACCUGGGACUCCUGGACCCCCCGGCCCUUCACUGAACAUAACCUUGACUGAACUCAAGGACCUGAUGUAUGUGUCGGAUAGGCCCAACUAUCCUCUGAUCCAGACGCUGCUGGACUCUCUGCAGCGGGAGCUUCGGCUUUUGGUCGACCCCCCUGACGGUAGCAAGGAGUUCCCUGCCACCACCUGUCUGGAGCUUUGGCUUUGUCACCCCAACUACUCCAGCGGAAUGUAUUACAUUGACCCGAACCAAGGCAGCCCGGCAGACGCUCUGCUGGCCUACUGCAGCUUCUCUGACACAUCAAAGCAGACCUGCCUCCACCCUCAGGAUUCACAGGUGCCCAUGAAAGCCUGGAUGGAGGAGUCUUCGACAGAGGGAUCUUUCCAGUGGCUGAGCAGCCUAGAACAGGGGUUCCAGUUUUACUAUCCAGCUGCCAGCGUGGUCCAGAUGCGUUUCUUGAGAUUGCACAGUAACACCGCCGUCCAGAAGGUGACCUACUCCUGCCAUCCGGGGCACAAACUGGGCCAGAGCGACAGAGACGUGAAGUUCCUGGCUGACACCAAAAAGCAAAGUUAUUUGGGAGCACUUAAAGACUGUGUGCCAGGAGAGGAGAGUGUAUCUGCACCCCGGGAGUCUAUUUUCGAGUUUGAGGACCUCCACUUGCUUCCUCUGAGGGACGUGGCAGUGAUGGGAGGCGAGAACGUCACACACCAGUUUGGCUUCACCAUCGGGCCUGUCUGUUUCAGCUAG